AUAUUUACUUUAUUUUUAACAUUUAAAUCUUUCAUAGAUAACCCAUUUACAACAAAUUUAUAUUUAAAUCUGUUAUCAGCCAUGCUAUAUUCAGACGUAACUAGAGAUUUUGAAUCUAAAAGUUCUCACUUUAACAAUACUGAGUCAAGAAAUCAGAAUCUUCAAACUCCUUCGAACUGGUUGUUAAUAUCUUUAGCAGUAGCAGACACGUGGGUGGGUGCAGUUUCUAUCAACUUUUUUACAGUUUAUUUUGUCUAUGGAUAUUGGCCGAUGGAUCGACUUGUAUGUAACUUUUGGUUAUCAACAGAUUAUUGGUGCAGCCAUGCGAGUGUGAUAAACUUACUUGUUAUUUCAGUUGAUAGGUAUCUGAUGGUCAGAACUCCUUAUACUUAUAGGUUUAUGCGAAAUAGUGUUCGUCUAAAGUCUACUAUAUUUUUUGCAUGGUUUGUGUCAUUUAUACUUUCAGUACCUUGGAUAAUAUCAUAUCCAUAUAUAGUUGGUAAGCAAGAGGUUCCUCAUGAUAUGUGCUAUAUUCAGUUUCUUAAACAGAGUGUCUUUAUGACAAUUUUCACCGCUUUAUCGGCAUAUUAUAUUCCAUUAUUAAUUAUGUUUGUAAUGUAUUUUCGGAUAUAUACUUUUUUGCAAAAGCGUAAACAAACUGCUAACAAGCUAAGAUGCCCAAAUGUUUUAAACGAACCAGUUGCAAGUCCCUCUGGGCACGUGUCUGUUUUGCAAAAAAACAUUUCCUCUGUGGAAAAUGAUAAAAUGUUUUGUUUGACUUUUCAAGUCUUGCCAAAAAUUAAGUAUAAAAACCAUAACAAAGCAAAAAAAUUGUUAAUUUUAAUUAUCUUAGCAUUUUCGAUCACCUGGCUUCCUUAUCAUGUAUUUGCAGUUAUUUCGCCAUUUUGUAAAAAAUGUGUGACGGCUUCAUUAUGGAAAUUCGGCUAUUUGUCUUGUUACGUUAAUUCGCUCAUCAAUCCGUUUUGUUACGCAUUUGGAAAUCGAAAAUUUGCAGAAGCCAUUAAAUCUUUAUUUUUAAAAAAAAAAUGUUAAUUAUUGUGUGAACGAUUAAUGCAGAUCUUCAAUGUUUACUAGCUGUAAAAAUGUAUUAUUAUUGUUACCACGCGACAACUAUUAGUUAGUGACUUAGCUACAAUCAGCAAAACAAUUCAGCAAAAAAAACAAAAAAACAAUUCAGCAAAAAAAAAAAACGUUAAAGCUAACGCGUAUAUAUUGUUAUUAUUAUAAGUUAAUUAUUAUAAAAA